CGAGGCCGAGCUGGUGACAGGGGGCGUGCAUGCUAUAUAAAGGGUGCGGAAGCUCAGUGCUGCUUCUUCUCUUAUUGCCUUCAGGAGAGAACGUGCUUCCUUUAACAGAAAGUCACAAUGUCGAUCAAAAAGAUCCAUGCUCGUCAAAUCUUUGACUCCCGUGGAAACCCCACUGUAGAGGUUGACUUGACAACACACAAAGGUCUGUUCCGUGCUGCUGUUCCAAGCGGUGCCUCCACUGGGAUCUAUGAAGCUCUUGAGCUUAGGGACAAUGACAAGACUCGUUACCUGGGAAAAGGUGUGGGCAGAGCUGUAAAAUAUGUAAACGAGUUUCUGGGACCUGCUCUGUGCACCCAGAGUCUAAAUGUUGUGGAUCAGGAAAAAAUAGACAAACUUAUGCUGGAUAUGGAUGGGACCGAGAACAAAUCCAAGUUUGGUGCCAAUGCCAUCCUGGGUGUGUCUCUGGCAGUGUGCAAAGCAGGUGCUGCUGAAAAGGGAGUCCCUCUGUACCGUCACAUUGCCGAUCUCGCUGGAAACCCAGAGGUUGUGCUGCCUGUUCCUGCAUUUAAUGUAAUAAAUGGUGGCUCUCAUGCUGGAAACAAGCUUGCCAUGCAGGAGUUUAUGAUCCUGCCAGUUGGGGCAACCAGCUUCAAGGAUGCCAUGCGUAUUGGAGCAGAGGUCUACCACAACCUGAAGAAUGUAAUCAAGCAAAAGUAUGGACAGGAUGCUACAAAUGUUGGCGAUGAGGGUGGCUUUGCUCCCAACAUCCUGGAAAAUAAGGAAGCACUGGAGCUCCUGAAGACUGCCAUUACCAAGGCUGGAUACACCGAUCAGAUUGUCAUUGGAAUGGAUGUGGCUGCUUCAGAAUUCUACCGUGAUGGAAAGUAUGAUCUGGACUUCAAGUCACCAGAUGACCCCAGCAGAUACAUCUCCCCCGAUCAGCUUGGGGAUCUGUACAAGAGCUUUGUGAAGGAUUAUCCAGUUGUGUCCAUUGAAGAUCCUUUUGAUCAGGAUGAUUGGGCUGCCUGGGCAAAGUUCACAGCGUCUACUGGCAUCCAGGUAGUAGGUGAUGACCUUACUGUGACCAAUCCCAAACGUAUUGCAAGGGCAGUGGAAGACAAGGCAUGCAACUGUCUCCUACUAAAGGUCAACCAGAUUGGCACAGUAACAGAAUCACUGCAGGCCUGUAAGCUUGCUCAGUCCAAUGGCUGGGGAGUGAUGGUCAGUCAUCGUUCUGGAGAGACAGAAGACACUUUCAUUGCUGACCUGGUGGUUGGCCUCUGUACUGGACAGAUUAAGACUGGGGCCCCAUGCAGAUCUGAGCGUCUUGCAAAGUACAACCAGUUGCUCAGGAUUGAGGAAGAGCUGGGCAGCAAGGCAGUGUUUGCUGGAAAGAACUUCAGGAAGCCAAUCAUCAACUAAGUGGCUGCAAUCUCAAAUUAAGCACUUAACCACCUGUUGUAGUCACUGCAAACCUAGAGUCUGCAGGGUGAGGUUUAAACAAAUCAGUGCUGGACAUGCCUGUUCCAAAUUCAAGCCCUUCCAGCAGUGGUUGUGGUGGUCAACCCUGAGCCUCAUCACGAUCCAGAUUCUGUCAGUCAGUCCCUGAAGCUUUGCUGCUUAUUAGAAAAAUUCCUUGUUUGUCUCUCUCGGUGCCUGCAUGUUGUCUGUUUUUUCUAUUGUGGCUGUGGUCCUGGACACUUCACUUGUCUGUGUUCUCUUAAAGUUGUGUUGCAGUCUAACGAGAGAUUAGCCAACGGUUCAUGUGCACAGUCUGGAAACUAGUUUUUGAAGAGGUAAUAAAACUAUAUUGAAGGUG